AAACGGCCCCCGGCCUUUGUGAUCCGGGAAGAGAAAUCGGCCUGCUGAGGAUGCAUGGGAGAAAACAAAUGAAAGAGCACAUCGAGUGUCCAAGGAAAACGAUAAAGAGACAGACAUAGAAGAGAAUUUUUGGGAUCAGAAUGGGAUGGACAAGCUGGAAGGAAACCAAAGAAAUAAAGAGAGGAAUAAAUCUGCGGAUGGUGACCUCCAUGCAAUUAUGGUACAACAAAAAACGCCUGAGGAAGAAAGAGAAAAGAAACACCCUGUGUGUGGAAAAAAGUUCACUUGUAAAUCAACCCUGGAUGAACAUUGUACAACCCGCACAGCAAAGAAACGAUUCAAAUGCCUUGAGUGUGGGAAGAGUUUUGGGCAGAGUGCUGACCUUCUCGCUCAUCAAAGAACGCACACAGGGGAGAAACCGUUUAAUUGUCUGGAGUGUGGGAAAGCAUUUAGCCAGAAGGGGGCACUUACUAUCCAUCAAAGAAUCCACUCAGGGGAGAAACCAUUUAAGUGCUUGGAAUGUGGAAAGAGCUUUCGCCAGAAGGGUGCCGUCCAAGUGCAUCAAAGAACGCAUACAGGGGAGAAGCCAUUUAAAUGCUUGGAGUGUGGAAAAAGCUUCAACCAGAAGGAGUCCCUUUCCUUACAUCAAAGAAGUCACACUGGAGAGAAACCAUUUGAAUGUUUCCAGUGUGGAAAGAACUUCAAGCACAAGAAAAGCUUUAUUAGCCAUCAGAUAAUUCACAUAGAAGGGAACCCAUUUAAAUGCCUGGAGUGCGAAAAGAGCUUCACCUCAAAGGAUGCCCUAGAGUCACAUCAGAGAAUUCACACAGGAGAGAAACCAUUUGAAUGUUUGCAGUGUGGAAGGAGGUUUGUUCACAGUCAAAACCUUGCUCGCCAUCAGAUAAUUCACAGAGAAGACAACCCAUUUACAUGUCCGGAGUGUGGAAAGAGUUUCAGCCGGAAGCAUGACCUUGGUUCACACCAAAGAAUUCACACAGGAGAGAAACUAUUUGAAUGCUUACAGUGUGGAGAGAGCUUCAUUCACAGGCAAAGUCUCAUUAGUCAUCAAACCACUCACUCAGGGGAGAAACCAUUUAAAUGCCUUGAAUGCGGAAAGAGCUUCAGGCUGAAGGGUUCCUUUACAGCGCAUAAAAUAAUUCACAUUGGGGGAAAAAUAUAUAAGUGCCUGGAGUGUGGAAAGAGUUUCAAGUGGAAGUCUGCUCUUAAUCGCCAUCAAAGAACUCACACAGGGGAGAAGCCCUAUCAAUGCUUGGAGUGUGGAAAGAGAUUCUGUGGGAGCAAUGCCCUUAAUUGCCAUCAAAGAACUCACACAGGAGAGAAACCGUAUCAAUGUGUGGAGUGUGGGAAAAGCUUCAGCUUGAAAGAGACUCUGACUCUACAUCAAACCACUCAUACAGGGGAGAAACCAUUUAAAUGCUUGGAGUGUGGAAAGACUUUCAGUCGGAAGGCCUACCUUACUUUACAUCAAAGAACUCACACAGGGCAGAAACCAUUUAAAUGCUUGGAGUGUGGGAAGAGAUUCUGUCAGAGAAGUGCGCUGAACUGCCAUCAAACCAUUCACACAGGGGAAAAACCAUUUGAAUGCUUGGAGUGUGGAAUGAGUUUCAGUCGGAAAGCAUACCUUUCUUUACAUCAAAGAACGCACACGGGGAAGAAGCCAUUUAAAUGCUUGGAGUGUGGGAAGGGCUUCAGUCGAAGAGAAUCCCUUACUUCACAUCAAAGAAGUCACACAGGGGAAAAACCAUUUAAAUGCUUGGUGUGUGGGAAGUGCUUCAGUCGGAAGGAACAUGUUUCGUCACAUCAAGCCACGCACUCAGGAGAAAAACCAUUUAAAUGCUUGGAGUGUGGAAAGAGUUUCAGUGGGAAGGCAUACCUUUCUUUCCAUCAAAGAACUCACACAGGGCAGGAACCAUUUAAAUGCUUGGAGUGUGGAAAAGGGUUCAGUCAGAGAAGUGCCCUUAAUUGCCAUCAAAGAACCCACACAGGAGAAAAAACAUUUACAUGUUCGGAGUGUGGAAAGUGCUUCAGUCAAAGAGCACAUGUUUUGUCCCAUCAAAGAACUCACACAGGGGAGAAACCAUUUAAAUGCUUGGAGUGUGGAAAGGAUUUCAGUGGGAAAGCAUACCUUGCUUUACAUCAGAGAAUCCACAUAGGGGAGAAACCGUUUAAAUGCUUGGAGUGUGGAAAAAAUUUCAGUGGGAAGGCAUACCUUGCUUUACAUCAAAGAAUUCACAAAAGGCAGACACCAUUUAAAUGCUUGGAGUGUGGAAAGAAUUUCAAUUGGAAGUCAAACCUUUCUUCUCAUCAAAGAACCCACACAGGUGAAAAACCAUUUAAAUGCUUGGAGUGUGGGAAGUGCUUCCGUUUCAGGGCGCACGUUUUGUCCCAUCAAAAAACUCACACAGGGGAGAAACCGUUUCAAUGCUUGGAGUGUGGAAAGAAUUUCACUCGGAAGUCAUACCUUUCUUUACAUCAAAGAAUUCACACAGGGGAGAAACCAUUUAAAUGCUCGGAGUGUGGAAAGCAGUUCUCCCAGAGAAGUGCUCUUACUUGCCAUCAAAGAACUCACACUGGGGAAAAACCAUUUAAAUGUGUUGUGUGUGGAAAAUGCUUCAGUCAAAGAUCAUCGUUUAUUUCACAUCUAAGAAGACCUCACACAGAAACCUCUUUGGAGGAGGAGGACUCUGAUACCUCAGAAGAGUCCUCUCCUGCUGCUGAUCUUGAGCAAGAUGAGGCAUCCUGUGACAGUGAUGCCUCUUCUGAGGAUGCCAGCAAACCAUUCAACCCUGUUGUGAGCCCAGCCAUGAUUCCAGAUUCCCCUAACACCACCCAUGACUCACCAGAGCACAGUUCACAGUGUAUCCGGUGGGAUACUCAGAGCCACGAUGGCAGUGCUCACCUGAUUCCCAGAACACCCUUUUGCCCAGGAAAUACACUUGAGUAAAGGCCUGCUCAGGAACACUGGUCUAAUGAGGCAGACUCAGAUGCAGCUGCCAAUCCAGGGUCAUCCAGAAUAUACGUUCUCAGUGUUUCCCAGACUUUUCCUUCAUUAAUAGCUCCCCUAGAACUAUUUAUAUCGUUCUGGAGCUGCAGUAGAAACUAUUUCAGUCUCUGGAGUAUAAAAGGAGCAAUAAAAGGCAGAGUGCAUGACUUACUUUCUGUCAAAGAAGCCUCACAGCUUAAAUGAUUUAAAUACACAUGGGUAUUUAACAAUUGACAAUUACUGUUCCUUUAAGAGACAUAAUUUUGUCAACCGAUACAUAAAAACAUAUUUUCUCCGACUGUGUUUGUUGACAGUUUGAUACUUUAGUGGGGUAUGUGUGAUUUUGACCGAUUAAGCCUUCUAUUUACAGACCCCCUAGACACUCCCCCUAAAUGUUCUCUAGAGUGCUGGGUGAUCCUCCAAGCCCAGCAUGGGAGGGUCUAGAAUACAGAAGAAAUUUGAAAAUACAAAUAAAUCACACCCACCCACCCUGCUUUCCAGUUACAGAAACCUCUAAUGUAUUCAUGGGGGGCCCUGGAGAAUGUGUGGAUGUAUGGGGGUACAUCUUGCCAAAGACAUUUUUCUAGCCAAGACGAAGGACAAAGAAGUGUUCCCUUCUUUCCCAUGGACUGAGAUCAACCGAACUGGAAGUUGAAUCAUGAUUUAACAUUGACACUCAGUGCUCUGUUUUGAAAAUUCGGGCGCGUGCGUGUGUUGAAUAGAAAUACUUGCAAUUUUCACAAUUGUUAAAUCUAGGUUUGGACUUGCUGCUUUUACAGCUUGGAAGCACUUAUUGAAGCUGUUCAGUCUUAUGAACGAACGAUCCAUGUUUAGAAAUAUAAGGAGAUAGAGCUGUGAUGACCCACAGAUCUAUUUCCUUGUGACAUCUGAAUCAGGUGAGGCUGUGCAUGUCCUGGAUUAGUGCCGACACUCAGCAAUGGGCUGGAUGAGGGCUAACAAACUGAAGCUGAAUCCCAGCAGGCUGAAAACCUUGUGGAUGAGUGGUUCCCGAGUCUGGGAGAGAGGCUCAUUGCCUCUUCUGGAUGGGCUUGCUCUCCCUUUGAAAGAUCUGGUUCGUAGCCGGGGGAAGCGCUUAGUUCAAUCACUGCCGCUGGAGGUUCUGGUGACAAUAGUAGCUGAGAGUACCUUUUACCAGCUUCAGCUGGUUCAUCAACUAUGCCUUCUCCUUAGCAGGAAUAGCUUGGCCACAGCACAGCAGUACUGGCACUAGUCAUCUCAAGACUGGAUUACUGCACUGUGCUCAGUGUGGGGCUUCCCUUAUGGCUGCUUUGGAAGCUGGAGCUAUUGCAGACCUCAGCAGCUCGGCUGAUGUCAGGAACUGCUCCUUUUCAGCAUGCGACUCCUUUGCUGAGGGAAUUGCACUGGCUGCCUAUUUGCUACCAGGCCAGGUUUAAGGCUUUUGUACUAGUGUAUAAAGCACUUAAGAACUUGGAAACAGGAUACCUGCAAGAGCACCAUGUCUCCUAUCAACCUGCCUGGUCACUGAGGUCAUCAGAGGGCAUGCUCUGGGUGAUUCCACAAGGACUUAGUUUGGAAUCCACCCAGGGAAGAGCCGCCUCUGUGGUGGCCCCCUUUCUAUGGAAUUCCCUGCCUCCGGAGGUCAGACAGGUGCCACACUAUUGUUUCUGGCACCUCCUGAAAUCAUCCUUCUUUCAAGAAGCCUUCCUUAACUGACUAGCCAUGGUUUUUAUUGGUAUUCUGUUUUUUGGGGGGAGGGGGUUGGUUUAAUUAACCGUUUUGAUUAUGGAGUAUUAUUCUUUUAUCUUAUUUUUUUAAAUCUUCUAUUGUUCACCGCUCUGUAAUCUGUGUAGAUGUGGAUCGGGAACUAAAGGUUGUAAAUAAACUAAAAAAUAAUACCUAAAUGGUGAAUAAAUAUUAUACGUAGGGUCUUAAAGAGGAAUGGAAUAGGGAACUGGAUUGUCCCGUUUUAAGACAAUCCAUGGAUCGUCACUUUAGCAUCAGAAGCGACCGUGUUCUAAGAUUCUGUUGUAUUUUGCAAAAAGUCUUCUUCUGUGUGAAUUAGACCCAGCAACAUAUCUUAAAAAGGGGGUUGUCUAAGUCAUCUAACUGCUGGAGGUGUAACACAGCCAUGGCUUGGCAAUGCCCAAUAGUUGUCUCUUUCUUGGAGAAAGUUUUGGGUGGCUUUAAACAGGGUUAGACAAAUUCCUGGGGGAGAAGGCUAUUCAUGAGUACCAGCCCUGAUGGCUCCAUACUACCACCAGUAUCAGGGCAGUAUGCCUGUGUACAUCAGUUGCUGGGGAACAUGGGUGGGAGGGUGCUGUUGCACUGUGUCCUACUUCUGGGUUUGCCGUUGUGUCAACCGAAUGCUGGACUUGAGGGACCCUUGGUUCUAUACAGGUAGAAAUUCUCAGAGCAAACACCUCUCUUAACAGGAACGCCGCAAAAAAUUACGAUUAUUCAAGAAGUAUUGUUACUCUUCCUUUUGAAUUAUAACGACGUGUAUCUGUAUUCAGCUCCUGAAGGAUUAUAUAUCCGAAACGUUGAGCUUUUUAGAUUCGUCAUUAUAGAUACACGCUUUUCAUAGCACCAGUGUACAUCUCCCCCUUUUUUCGUCUAUACAGAUAAACCUUGUAUUGCAACAGUCUACUGAUGUAAAAUGGCCUCUUAAAAUGUCUACCUGCUUCCUGGAAGUCAACGCAUGGUCUCCACACCCUUAUAAUCCUCACCUCCUAUAGUGUGAUGGAUUGAGGACCUCACAAGGCUUUCAACAUUUGAGCAGCUGGUAUAUAGAUACUACUUGCAAAUGCAUACUUAUAUGGAGAUUUGGUCUUCUGCUGACGAUCAUGUAUACGUUUUAGCUCUAUUUUCAUUAUAUGUCUAUGUGUAUUUCAUAUGCGUGAGUUGAAAUCGAUAUAUUCAAUUUAUGUAGCAACAUUUCUUUUUCUUUGGUUUUGCUGACAUUUCUCAAUAAAAUGUAAUUAACAACAACAACAA